AUGAAUUUCUCACGGUGGUUGCUCAUGAUAGUCGUAAUAGUAGUAGAUGCAGUCAAUGGUGGAGUAGGCCAUGAAGAUUGCAGAGAAACAAGAUGUCACCCCUACGGCCCAGCCAUCCGAUUCCCAUUUCGACUUAAAGGUAGGCAGCCAAUCCAUUGUGGCUUCCGGGGCUUCGAUGUUUCAUGCACUGACGACAACCGGACUAUGCUCGAGAUGGCAUCGUCGUCAGCUAACUUCCGGGGCUUUGAUGUUUAUGAGAUUAACUACAGAUCUCAUACAAUUGGAGGAAGAGGUUAUGAUGGUUGCUUGCCAAGGGAGUUGUUUUACAGUAAUGGUUCUUAUCCCUUUGAAUUCGUAGGCCCCGCAACCUUUUUCAGUUGUCCACCGUCAACAGUAAGAGAUGAAUUUUGUUCCAAUUAUUCUUGUCUGGCGAGAUUGAGUCCAUGCCAUGGCAACAAUUCUGGUAACCAUAUUUACGCUGCCUUUAAUGAUUAUUGUUCCAUUGAUACCAUGCCCCUAGUGUCUUGUAUCAAGUUGCAUAACCACACAUCAGAUCCUGCAUAUUAUGAUGGGAUGGGAAUAUUGCAUUGGUCCAUUCCGUCAUGUGAACAUUGCAAAGGUCGUAAUCUUAGAAACCGAAAUCUGAAGAUAUUAGGUAUUUCCGCACUCUGUUUAGUUCUAAUAGCGACGGGGACGACAAUCUACUAUGUCUACAACUCAAACAAAAAGGAAAAAGAAAAUCAGCUUAGAAUUGAAAGAUUUUUAGAUGAAUACAGAGCGAUGAAGCCAAGUAGAUAUUCGUAUGCUGAUAUUAAGAGGAUAACAAGUCAAUUCAAGGAAAAGUUGGGUCAAGGUGCCUACGGAACAGUGUUCAAAGGAAAGCUUUCCUCCGAGUUACUUGUUGCUGUGAAAAUCCUCAACAAUUCAAAUGAAAAUGGGGAAGAUUUCAUAAACGAAGUGGGGACAAUGUGUCAAAUCCACCAUGUCAAUGUGGUUCGCUUGGUUGGAAUUUGUGCCGAUGGAUUUAUUCGUGCUCUUGUUUACGAACACUUACCAAAUGGCUCUUUGCAAAAUUUCUUAUCAUCAGCAGAUAAUAAGAAUUCAUUCCUUGGUUGGAAUAAGUUGCAAGAUAUCGCUCUAGGAAUAGCUAAAGGAAUUGAAUAUCUUCACCAAGGAUGCGACCAACGAAUCCUACACUUUGAUAUCAAACCACAUAAUGUAUUGCUAGACCAAGAUUUCACUCCAAAAGUUUCUGAUUUCGGUUUAGCCAAGUUUUGUGCUAAGGAUCAAAGCGCAAUAUCGAUGACUACUGCAAGGGGGACCAUGGGCUACAUUGCACCCGAAAUCUUCUCAAGGAACUUCGGCAAUGUCUCCUAUAAGUCGGAUGUCUAUAGUUUUGGAAUAUUGUUACUUGAAAUGGUUGGAGGCAGAAAAAACUUUAAAGUCAUGGAGGACUCCACUAGCCAAGUCUAUUUCCCAGAAUGGAUCUAUAACCUAUUAGAGCAGGGCAACGACCUACGAAUUCAUAUUGGGGACGAUGAAGGAGAUGUUACAAUUGCUAGGAAACUUGCAAUUGUGGGUCUAUGGUGCAUACAGUGGCAUCCAAUAGAUCGUCCUUCCAUGAAAGUUGUAGUUCAAAUGUUGGAAAGAGAAUGUGAGAAUCUAGCCAUGCCUCCUAAUCCUUUUGCGAACACUUCAGGUUGA